GAGGUUUGAUUGUGGAGGAAGCUUACUUCAGAGGAAGGAUUCUGGAACUGAAAUGUCUACAGAGAAUUGGUUAUGGCUAUCUUGUCUCAUCACACUUGCUGCAAUUCUUUUCUCCUUUAUUGUGUUCAUUAAGAGGAAGACCAAGAACACUUUAGUAGCACCCUUGAACACUUCAUUAGCUCAUUUGAGCACUUCAUUGUCCACCUCUCCACCUGCAGGAUGGGACUAUGAAGUGUUCUUGAGUUUCAGAGGCAAGGACACACGCACCACCUUCACUGAUUACCUCUACAGCGACCUUGUGGAGGCGGGAAUUCACACAUUUAGAGACGACGAUGAGCUUCGAAUUGGAGAGAAGAUAGGUCCUGAGCUUCUCAAGGCAAUACAGCACUCAAAGAUAUCCAUCCCAGUCUUUUCCAAAGACUAUGCUUCAAGUAAGUGGUGCUUGCUUGAGCUCACCAAGAUGGUUGAGUGUAAGAGGACUUUGGGGCAAAUCAUAUUACCCAUUUUCUAUGACGUUGAACCGUCCGAUGUGCGACACCAGUCAGGGAGUUACGAAAAGGCCUUCCGGCAGCACAAGAAGCAUUUUGAUAGUGCUAUUGUGGAGGAGUGGAAGGACGCAUUGAAAGAGGUUGGAAAUUUGAAGGGAUGGGAAGUGAACAAAGUUGCUGAUGGGCAUCAAGGAGAACUGAUAAAGAGGGUUGUUUCAGAGGUGUGGGGAGAGUUGAAAAGGAACUCAUUGGUUGUAAAUGAAUGCUUAGUUGGAAUUGAUUAUCAUGUAGAAAAAAUGAUGAAAUUGUUGAGUGUUAAUUCCAGUGAUGUAAGGAUUGUGGGAAUCCAUGGCAUGGGAGGAAUUGGCAAGACCACUAUAGCCAGGGUCAUCUACAACCAACUCUCCCAACAUUUUGAAUUCUGUUGCUUCCUUGCAGAUGUUAGAGAAACAGCACAACACCACAAUGGUUUUGUUAAUUUGCAAAACCAACUUGUAUCUAACAUCUUAAAACGGAGAUGCCCUGACAUUAGUACUAGGGAUGAAGGUAUUAAAGUAAUCAAAGACAGAAUUUCUGGGAAGAAAGUUCUUGUUGUCGUUGAUGAUGUCGAUCAAAGAAUUCAUCUUGAUGCACUUGUGGGAAAGUGUGAUUGGUUUGGUUCCGGAAGUAGGAUAAUUGUCACAACUAGAAACAAACAGAUUCUAGAUCCGACUCAGGUUAAUUGGACUUAUGAACCAAAGGAACUGGAUUCUACUCAAUCUCUUCAACUUUUCAGCAGGCAUGCUUUUAGAAGGGACCAUCCCCCAGAAGACUAUGAUACUCUCUCUAGAGACAUUGUGUCCACUAGUGGAGGGUUGCCUUUGGCUCUUGAGAUUAUUGGUUCUUUUUUAUCUGGCAUGGAAAAAAAGGAAUGGAAAGAUGCAUUAAAGAAGUUGAAAAGAACACCGAAUGGCCAAGUGCAGGAGAAGCUGAGAAUAAGUUACGAUGCAUUAGAAUAUGAACAAAAACAGAUAUUUCUUGAUAUUGCAUGUCUUUUCAUUGGAGUGGAUAGAAGAAUUGUUUUCCACAUGUGGGAAGACUGCCAGUUUUAUCCGGAAAGAGAAAUUGGAGUUCUUCUUCGCAUGUCAUUGGUGAAAAUUGGAGAUAACAAUGAGCUAAGGAUGCAUGAUCAGCUUAGAGACCUUGGUAGGGAUAUUGUCCGUCAAGAAAAUUUCAAGGAGCUGGGGAAGCGUAGUAGGGUGUGGUUGCAUAAGGAAGCCUUCGAGAUAUUGGAGAGUCAUACAGGAACGAGAAAGAUUGAUGCUCUUUGUGUUGACUUUCGAUUAGAGUCACAGGCAUGCUGUUUUACAAAUGAAGAAUUUGCAGACCUAUCUAAUCUUAGGUUCCUUCAAGUUGGCUGUGCAAACCUGGAUGGAAAUUUUAAGGGUCUUCUUUCAAAGUUAAGAUGGCUUCGCUGGAAUGGAUGCCCUCAAAUUUUUAGACCAACCAAUUUUCAUCUAAAGAAUCUAGUCAUUCUUGAUUUAUCACGGAGCAAGGUCACGGAAGCCUGGGAGGGUUGGAAUCAUAUCAAGAUCGCAAAAAAGUUGAAAGUUCUAAAUCUCACAGGUUGCAAUUACAUGGUUAGAACUCCUGACUUCUCUGCAUAUACAACUUUGGAAAGAUUGAUUCUUGAAGACUGUAAGAGGUUGGCUCAUAUUGACCCAUCAAUUGGGUAUCUCAAGAGUCUAGUUUACUUCAAUGUGAAGAAUUGUGCUAAACUCAACGGACUGCCUCUGGAAUUUGAUUCCAUGGAAGCUUUGAUGGAGCUUCUCAUUGAUGGUACUUCUAUACAUGAAGUCCGUAUUGGUAGAGGUGUUAUGAAGAAGCUUGAAACUCUUAGUGCCACUUGGUGCGAGUCAUUGACUCAAAUUUCUACCUCAAUCGGUUACCUAAAAUCUCUAUUGAACCUUACAUUAGAUUAUUCAUUCAUCACUGAACUACCAGACUCAAUUGGUUCGCUAGUGAAAUUGCGAUGCUUGUCACUAAGGCGCUGCGAAUUAAAAGAACUCCCAGACUCUAUUGGGAAAUUAGAAUCAUUAAUUGAGCUGCGCUUGUCAGGAGCAAAAUUUACAGAAUUACCUGAUACCAUUGGCAACUUAAAACAUUUGAGAAUUCUUGAUAUUAAUGGUUCUUCAAUAGAGAAGUUACCUAGUGUCAUCGGAAAGUUACUGAAACUUGAAGAGUUACAUGCCUCGAGUUGUUACAGAUUGAAAGGCGAAAUUCCCAGUAAUAUUGAGAAACUAUCCUCUCUCAGAAUCUUAAGACUAGAUUGGACAAAUAUAUCUGUCAUACCGACAAGCAUUUGUAGGCUUUCUCACCUCCAAACCCUUGAUUUAACAGGUUGCAGAGAGAUUCAGUUUCCGCCAGAGCUUCCAUCUAGUCUAGUGAGGCUACGAGUCAGUUGCAUGUCAAUGGAGACAUUUCUAAACCUUCCUAGCUUGAUGAACCUAAAGGAGUUGCACCUUUGUUUAUGCUCUAAGCUGUUGAAAAUUCCAGAAGGUAUUGGGAAGUUAGCCAAACUGGAGACCUUGACCUUGUCCAAUAUUAGCAUUAGCAUCCUGCCAAUGGAGCUUGGUGCUCUUUCUCAGCUUAAGGAACUCAAUGUCGACAAUUGUAAACAACUUCAAUGCCUUCCAACUCUUCCUUCAAGUCUAAUCAUGCUCGAUAUUCAAUCUGGUGAAUCAAUGAAGAGGUUGCCAGAUCUGUCAAAUUUGAUGAAUUUAUUCGAACUAAGGCUUUAUUGCUUAGAGUUAACGGAGAUUCAAGGCCUUGGAAGAUUAGAACUACUAAUAUUUUUGGAUGUAUCUGGGUGCAAAAAGUUAUGUAUGCUUGAAGGGCUUGAACAGCUAAGAUCCUUGAGAUACUUGACCACAAAAUGGUGCGAAUCACUAGAAACAUUGCCAGCUCUUUCGAACUUAAAGAAGUUAAGGAAAUUAGAUACCAAGGAAUGCAAGAAUCUGAAAGGAAUUAGGGGCCUUGACAGAUUGGAAUCCUUGGAAAAUUUGAAUAUCAGUGGGUGCAUGUCGAACUCGGAAAUGCUGGAAAAUUAUUGUUGUGGUCUUGAGUCUUUGAAAUCUUUGAAGAUGCUGGAUUUGUCAUCGUGCAUAGCCUUGGAAAGAUUGCCUGAUCUAUCAAACUUGGAAAUGCUUGAAGAAUUAAAGCUCGACCAGUGCCAGAAGCUACAUGAGAUUGAGAGUCUUGAGGCUUUGAAAUCCCUGAAAAUGCUGGACUUGUCAUCGUGCAUAUCCUUGGAAAGAUUGCCUGAUCUAUCAAACUUGGAAAUGCUGGAAAAAUUAAAUCUUGCCCAGUGCCAGAAGCUACAUGAUAUAGAGGGUCUUGAGGAUUUAAAAUCCUUGAAGAAGCUGGACUUGUCAUCGUGCAUAGCCUUGGAGAGGAUACCUGAUCUGUCGAGACUGAAUAAUUUACAGGAAUUGCUACUAUGUAAGUGUGAGAAAAUUAGUGAGAUUUGGGGACUUGAGGAACUGAAAUUCAUAAAAUUCUUGGACAUUUCUGGAUGCAAGUCACUAGGAAAUUUAACCGGCCUUUCGAACAUCAGAAGAGUUAAGCGUUGAGAGCAAAAUUGCAGGAUGUCUGAUUCUAGUGUUUAACAUGCACCCUGCUGGCAUGGUAAUUGAUGAAACAUCCAUGCAUGUCAGUUAUCAAUUAUCAUUGCAGAACUAUAUUGAAUACUAGUAUUUAGGCUGUUGGAUCUAACAUUGUUUUGGUGUUUAUCCCUACAUUAUAUUAUUGAUUAGGAGCAUGGUUGUAUGUGCUGUGGAUGUUUGGUUUCAGUGCUUCCAGGGACACAUUGUGGAAAAGCUGGAGGAAACAAGCAAAGAGUGAAGAGACAGUUCCUAACGCUCAUCUUAAAGCCAAAAAAUUUGUCAGAGGCAUGCAUGAUUUGAUGGAAAAUGCAAGUUCUGCUGGGACAAUCAAUGGAGAUAGGGAUAUCGAAAUGGAGGAUGGUUCCAAAUUUUCGGGAAAGGGUUCUCCCUUUACAAGCCAGAAGAAGGUGGACAUGGAAGGAGAUGCAGAAAAGAAGCAACAGAUGCCAACUGCAUGACAAGGCUCAUUCUUGUCAUGGUUUGGAGGAAGCUCGUAAGAAAUCCCAACACCUACUCAAGCUUUUUGGGACUGAUUUGGUCUCUAAUAUCAUUCAGUUGGGUGGGUGGGGAUGUUUUCAGAUAGGUUUUGGCAAGAAAGCAGACCCAGAGCCCUGGAGGUGCAGAUGAAUGGAUGGGAAGAAAUGGAGGUGCUCAAAGCAAGUAUAGCCAGAUUCAAACCCAAAGUUUGAAGCUUUGUUCGGAACUACUUUGGAGUUGGAGCAAUAUGUCAGAUAAGUGAAGAAGAAGCAGGAGCAUCGAUCUAGAGCAAAAGUUAUGUCGGAGCUUGAAAGAAAAGGUGGGUUAUGAGAAGCAAGAGGAUGCAAGAAACACAUGAGGUCAAAGUAAAUUGUUCUAGCAGUUUGGAAGAAAAGUUAGUAUGUUGAAGGAACUCAUUUAUAUGUCAUAUAAAUUAUUAGAUCUCUUAAUCUCUCUCUUCUGUAAUUUAUUUUGUAUCAUAUGAUACUGAUAUUCUGUAAAUUUAAAGCUUGUUUGAUUAUUUUGAUAUAAAUUAUUCCA